UUUCUCAAAUAGCCAAAGCUAAAACCCAAAACGCCACCUAAACACUUUCUUUUUUGGCGCUAACACUCUUCACAGACUAACGUUAGCAGCCAUUUUUAGUGAAUCAAUCAAAUGGGGGAAGAAGAAGCUUCAGAGCAGCAGCCCAUUAGAGAAUCAAUGGGUGAAGAAGAUGCUGUAGAGCAGAUGGAAGUCCCAACAGAAGCUGUAGAAAAACCAUCGGAAGAAUCUUCUUACCGUUGGCCGGUUAUUCAAUAUGAUGUUCCCCCAUAUCGAACCUAUCAUUUCUUCAACCAUUUCAGAACUCCUUCUAACCCUAACAAUUUCUUAAAGGGUGUCAAAUGGUCCCCGGAUGGUUCUUGCUUCCUCACUUGCUCUGAUGAUAAUACCUUUUGUUCCUUUACCUUGCCAUAUGAUGAAAGUGGAUGGCUUGCUGAUACUUCUUCAUCAGCUGCCGAUACAGAUUCUUAUGCUGCAAGCCUUGUCAUGAGUGAGGGGGAGUCUGUAUAUGACUAUUGCUGGUAUCCCUAUAUGUCUUCUUCACGUCCAGAGACAUGUGUUUUUGCAAGUACUGCCCGUGAUCACCCUAUUCAUCUUUGGGAUGCUACUACUGGACAAUUACGCUGUACUUACCGUGCUUAUGAUGCCAUGGACGAGAUCACUGCUGCCUUCUCAAUUGCUUUCAACCCAGCAGGGACUAAGAUAUUUGCUGGAUACAACAAAUCCGUAAGAAUAUUUGAUAUUCAUCGGCCUGGUAGAGAUUUUACCCAGCACUCCACCCUUCAAGGAAAUAAAGAAGGGCAAUCAGGCAUUAUAUCCUCAAUUGCUUUCUGUCCAAGCCAUUCAGGAUUGCUGGCUACAGGCUCCUAUAGCCAAAGUACUGCCAUACAUAGAGAAGAUAACAUGGAACUUCUCUAUGUAUUGCAUGGUCAAGAAGGUGGGGUAACACAUGUUCAAUUCUCAAAAGAUGGAAACUACUUGUACACUGGUGGCAGGAAGGACCCUUACAUACUGUGCUGGGACAUUCGGAAGACUGUUGAAAUUGUUUACAAGCUGUACAGAUCAUCAGAAACUACCAAUCAGCGCAUAUAUUUUGAUAUUGAACCUCAAGGUCAGCAUCUUGGCUCUGGAGGACAGGAUGGCUCAGUUCACAUUUAUAAUCUUCAAACUGGACAGUGGGUGUCCAGCUUCCGAGCUGCAUCAGACACGGUGAAUGGUUUUUCCUUUCAUCCUUUCCUGCCAAUGGCUGCCUCUUCGUCAGGCCACCGGAGAUUUGGAGUUUUAGAUGACGCCUGCGAGGAUCUGCUCCUUACUGGUGAUGAUGAAAAUUGUGUUUCUGUGUGGAGCUUCUCCUAUUCAGCAUCCUCAGAAAAUGCUGAUAGCCCCAAUUUUGGAGGCUCAAAUGGUAAAUCUGAGCUUCAGGACCUUCAUCAAGAACCUUGAUCCUUAUACCAGCCUUGUGUAUAAACUUAUAUUAGCAUGUGAUGACACCACCUUCAUUCUACCACCUUCAAAUACAACCACAGAAAAUCAUUCUAAACAAACUGUGUAUGCACUAUUUAUGAAUGUAUGCACAUUAGAUCUGCUGCCUUAUAUUUUCCUAACCAGUUAUUAGCUCAUAGAUAUUACUUCUGGUAGUUGCCUCAUUUGGACUUAAUUUAUCCUUUUCUCCUUUUCCAUUUUGGUAUAUGGAAAAGAAAAUCACAGCAAAGUUUGAGGAAUUGUGUCUAGCUUGCUACUUUUUGAA